UGGGGGUGUCAGCGGGGGGUGGGGGGUGGGGGGGGGCGUGAGUGGGGGUGUCGAUCAGUUUCUGGCUCCAGCUGCCGUCAGCAUUGCCUUCCGUAGGGUAGCAGCACAGAGCCUGUGUGAAGGGUCCCCCGUGUGCAGUAGGACAGGAGCCCACCCCCGUCAGCAGACAUGUCCAAGAAGAGUGAUCCACGGGACAUCGAUGAGGAUGCCAUCCUCCGGAGCCUCACCGCCGAGGAGCUGGAGCAGCUGGAGAGCGAGCUCGCCGAGAUGGACCCAGAGAACGAAGGGCUCCCGGCGGGAUUGCGGCAGCGCGACCAGACCAAGAAGACGCCCACGGGGGCGUACGACCGCGACGCCCUGAUGGGGCACCUGGAGAAGGAGGCUCUGGAGCACGAGGACCGGGCCGACCUGGUGCCCUUCACCGGGGAGAAGAAAGGGAAGGCGUUUGUCCCUAAGGCCGGAGCGGGGCAGAUCCCCAUCCAUGAGCAGAUCACUCUGGAGCCCGAACUGGAGGAGGCGCUGAAGAACGCCACGGACGCAGAGAUGUGUGACAUCGCAGCCAUCUUGGGAAUGUACACGUUGAUGAGUAACAAGCAGUACUACGACGCUUUGGGCUUGGAAGGCAGGAUCGCCAACACCGAGGGCAUUAACAGCGUGGUGAAGCCCGACACGUACCCCACCUUCCCGGACGAGCCCCCGAACCCCACCAACGUGGAGCAGACCCUGGAGCGGAUCCAGGACGACGACCGCAGCCUGACCGACGUCAACCUCAACAACAUCAAGGACAUUCCCAUCCCGACGCUGAAGGAGAUCUUCUCCGCCAUGGCGAACAACACCAGCGUGACCUCCCUCAGCAUCGCCGCCACCCGUAGCAACGACCCCGUCGCCAUGGCUGCAGCUGAGAUGCUUCAGGUAAACACGACUCUGAGGAGCCUGAACAUCGAGUCGAACUUCAUCACUGGGGAGGGCAUGCUGGCCAUCGUCAAGGCAAUGGCUGAGAACACAACCCUUAACGAGAUCAAGAUCGACAACCAGAGGCAGAGGCUGGGAGACUCGGUGGAAAUGGAGAUCGCCGCCAUGCUGGAGAACCACCCGAGCAUCGUUAAGAUCGGCUACCACUUCACCCAGCAGGGCCCACGAGCUCGAGCUGCCAUCGCCAUCACCCGCAACAACGACCUCCUUCGUCAGAACAGAGUAAGAUGAGAGACUCCUCCCCCUAGUGGCCCGCCAGCCCUACCCAAAAUGCCCCUGUGCCUUGCUACUGAUGCCCAACUGCAACCCCCCAGAGAGAGAGAGAGAACCUCGUCCUCGGCAGGCGUCUGUGGUGCCCACCAAAACCGUGGGCCGCAUCCCUCUCGUGUGCCUUUUGCUCUAUGGCUAACCUUGUCUGUGUCUCCCUCUACCUGUCAGGAAUCUCAUUUCAUAAACUGCACAUCGCUAUAGCUAGCCACUGCCUUCCUGCAUUUCGUUCUGCAGGAAACCCCAUAUUCCUCUUUGUGUAGAUCCAUUCAUUUCAUGUGUUACAUUGGGGGUGAAGUGUUCCCCCCCACCCACCCCCCGCCCCCCAAUCCAACAAAGGACUUAAUGAAUAAUCUCAAAGCAGUGCUCCGGAUACUGACAGAAGUGCUGUGUUCUGUAAAUAAUUUGAAUAAAAAUGUUUACAUUCUU